AUGAAGGUGGUCAAGAAAUGUUCAGUCUUUUAUUGUCUCUUCCGAGUUGCUCUGUGCAGUGAUAUCUUCAGCAUCACUCUGCCAGAGAGUGUAGAAUCUGUGAGAGUUUUCAUGCCCUGCACUUUUACACUUAACAGCCGGUUUGAUACAGACCUCCAGGGAGAUCCUAAAGGAAUAUGGCAUAAAGAUGGCACUAAGGAAUAUCACACAGUCUUUGACUCCACAACACCUGAAAACAACAAGAUAAAAGGGAAAAUAAGAGAAGAUCUCAGAAUGAAGAACUGCACCACUAUCUUUAACAGUGUCAAUGAGGCUGACAGUGGGAGAUAUUACUUCAAAAUAGAGGCAGGAGAACUGAGAUACACUUAUAGAACUGCCUCUGUUUCUAUAAAUGUCACCGACUCUCCCCCCAAACCCACCCUGAGUCUGUAUAGAGAUCAGAUGGAGGUGCAGGGUCGGAGGGUGUUGGAGGGAAGAUUUCUUUGAAGUUUGUUCUGCUCUGCUGUUUCUCCAUGUCCCACUGAGCCCCCCACAUUAACAUGGAGCCCCCUGCCCACUAACAGCAGCCAGGAGCAGAACCAAAACAUCCGCUUCAUCUCCUCUCAGCUGAGCUUCAUCACUACUUACCUUCAUCAUAAACUCGGAUUCAUCUAUGCUCCCAGGAACAUGUCAGUGUCAGUGUCUCCAUCUGGUCCAGUGAUGUGGGGCAGGUCAAUGACUCUGAACUGCAACAGUGAUGGAAACCCAGCAGUGAACUACACCUGGUACAAAGAGAACGGAGAGCAGAUGGAGACCGGACCCUCUCUGACCAUCACUGAGACUAAUGAUACAUACAGUGGUUUAUACUACUGUAGAGCUCAGAACCAACACGAUGCUCCUCAGAUAGAACUCCUCUUCCACUGUAACAGCAGCAGUGAAGGUGGGAUUGUGUGUGUCUGUGGGGUUCAUGGACGUCCUGUUCCUAAACUGGAGUGGCGUCUGUCUGGACAACUUGUCCCACCUUCUGAGAACUCAUCCAUCAGGGAGGAGUUUGUGGGCCGCACAGGCCUGAGGAGCUUCAUCUCCCUUCAUCAAUCGUUUGGAGAUGAUUUGCACUGUAUCAGCACCAACAGGCUGGGCAGCACCUCUCAGCUGUUCUACACUGUGGCUAUUCAUCGCUGCUCAUCUGCAGGUUAG